CGUCAAACAGACUCGUGAUCGACUGCUGAAUCUUUCAAUAUUUCUCAAAGGAUUGCCAGACACUCGAUCUCUUCUCCAGAGCCCAUUGUUGCUCGGUUUUGAAAUCCUGGCCUUUGCGAACUUGCAAUAUCAUUGAUGAGCCAUUGAGCUGACAUCGGCACUACCUGUCAACUCAUUUGCCAUGAAGCAGAGACUAACCACAUAAAGCGCUCUCGCUACUCAUCCGCGAACAUACCCUGAGUGUUUGAAUGGAUCAGGAGGGAUUCCCUGGCUGGAGUGCUCCCAGAGAUGAUCUGGAAGGACUCUUUGGCGGUUAUGAGGCUUCCGCUUCCAACCCGGAAAUCCAUAGGACAGCAUGGAAUGAACAGAACAGCGUAGCACGCCCCUCACAAGCAUCGCAAUAUCUUGUCGACGCAUCCGGCUCGGGCAUCGUCAGGUCACCACUUCAGCAGGCCACGAGUAGUGCCCCAACCUCGAGACCUCUCUCCCAACGGAGAACAGCUUCUGCGAGCCAAGUUUUGCCUGCGACUCAUGUAGACCAGUGCAUUCCGGCCGCUUCAUUCGAGCCUCCAUUGCGGUCUAUAUUCGUGUCUGGUCCGCCUACUGCUUCCAUCUCGGCAAAUACAGCCCUGGCCUCCCUCAGUGCUGCAGUGUCAUCCGGCAAUGCAGGGCCAUUGGCUGCUCUGACCAACGCUGGUGGCAGCCGGCGAAUCAACGGCCGUGCUGGCGAUGCUGCUUCAACAUUGUCUCCAGGCCUAAACAGCAGGCAACUUAUGAUUAACCCGGAGAAGGAUGUCGACGAUCCUACCACAAACUCGACCACCAAUACCUUCGAUUUUGGCCCUGCGAGUACUCCUGCCACCGUUUCUCGUCUUUUUGUUCCGGGCGACGCACCCAGCCCAGGGAUUUCUAGGGGUCCUUCGUAUAUGCGUCCCAUGCCAGGUAUCGUUCGCGGCUUGAGCGACACCACGACUUUGACUGGGCACCUUUUGCAUUAUGGGUUUGAGCAAGGGCGCCACUCUGAUAUCACCAUCCACGCUUUUGGACGGGCCUAUAGGCUCCACAAACUGCUCCUUGACCGCGUCCCCUUCUUCGCGUCGGCGUUCUCUGGUUCUUGGGCAGAGAGCAGUGCCAAGGAGAUGACCAUUUUGCCAGAAGAAAUUGAUUCAAACAUCACGAGAUCGGCAUUCGAGCUUGCAUUAAAGAGGAUUUAUGGUACGCAGUUUCCAAUGCAGGAAGAGGAAGAAGCAAUUGGUUUGUUUGCGACGGCUUGUUGGCUCGACAUGCCUGACCUGGUCGAUUCGUGCGUGGAGACUGUUCUUCGUCAGAUGCAACCUUCUACACUUGCCGGCUUGAUCAAACUGGUGACUAACAACUACUACGGCAAGUCCGGCGAUCGCAUUCUUGCUUCAGCCAAAGCUAUGCUAUGCAGAGAGGGUUGGGAGAUGCCCUAUGAGUAUUGGGACGAGAUACCCGCUGAGAUCAUCCGCGAAAUAGUGGGCGGUGAUCCGUUCUUCGUCCCUGGCGAAUGGGACAGGUGGUACCUAGCCACAAAGCUGCUCAAUCGUCGUCUCAGGGCCAAGGCGAUUGAAAAUGGCCUGGUUUCGCCUGGUGGAAGAUACCUUCAUCCGAAGCCGAAAAGUCUUCGCUUUUUUGCUGUACGAUUUGAUGCACCAUACAGUAUAGCAGGUCACAACCGGUAUGUGUCCGAGAAAGAUGAAGCCUGGAUUGGGUUGUAUACAGCGACGGAAAUUGCCCCGCUACUCGUGCUGCUUGAUGAAGGCAUCCAUUACGUGCAUCUACGUUUUGAGCAAUUACAGCAAAUUCGCACACACCGGGAUAUACUCGGAGUACCGAUACUUCCAGAAAAAGUGAUCUCGGAUGCUUUGUGGAUGUCGAUGGAGCUGCGGCAGAAGGUGCUCAACUCCAGAGAUGGUGACAUCGAACUCGGGUUGAGUGAAGUCGCCGAUGAUUAUGAAGUGGUACUGGCUGAACAAGACUCGAUCAUGAUCAAGGGAAAAGGAAGGGAGCAAGAUGAGAGGAGCGAAGCCGGUCAGGAAAUGGAGUCGGGCUCCUGGGAUGGUAAUGGUAAGCCCAGAAAGUUCUGGAUACCAAGCCAUGAUGUGUCCUGUGUGAUGGGCGGGACACGCGAAGCAUGUGUAGCGUCAAACUCGACGACCGGCGCCGACUGGAGCACAAAUGCGGCCAGACUGUCGGCAAGUCUCGAACCGACUGAUGUUGCAUGGGCGCUCGAUUUCACCGGCCAAAAUGUGAUCGAAAGUGGGAGACCACCAUCGAGAAGCUACUCGCCGGAAGGAGCGCCACGAUUCAGCUAUUAUCCGCCGUUCCGCUUCUCAGCCGAGUUUCCAAAUCCGAGAUCACUCAAAGAGAAGAAACGAGUCUAUUCCCAGACCGUCUGGUACGCUGGAAGCUUGUGGAAUCUGUACAUCCAACGAGUCAACAACUCCAAAAGCCAACAGCUGGGCAUCUACUUGCACCGUGCCAAAGAUAAGGAUCCAAAUGAUGAUCCUUUGGCUCAGUUUAUACCCGCUACUGUCGAUGAUCGGAUCGGACAACUUGAGCGUGAAAUGCUGCUUCGUAAGAACGAGCGGCGGAACCAGAUCUGGCGUGCAAACGAAGACGCUCGAGGAUUAGACGCUGACCGUGAAGAUGAUACUUUCGUGUCUGGUGAGUUCGAUUCUGCCGACGUCCGUUCUGGCGAGGUCGACACCACCGCAGCCAACCGUCGGCUGGGGCUGGGUGAAUCAGCAUCACACAACAAGACAUCCCAAACGCCUAGUAGCGCAGGAGCAUUUACUGGAGAAUCGACUAGUAUCCUCUCUGGCGCGCAGAUGUUGGACGAGGAUGGAGAAGAUGAAGAGCUGGUGCGCAGGAACAGGAAAUACAACGUUUCAACCAUGCCGCCUUACAUGGACUCGCGACCAACGAUUCGGACGUAUUUCAAGAUAUAUUCGCCUAGCAAGGCCGGUCGACUUCUCAGCAUCUACGAAAGCGCCCCGGAUCGAUUCGAUGUGAGUAAGAGCUGGGGUUGGAAGAGCAGCCAGAUGCAGCUGGAUGACGGCAUUAGCGUCGACUCCGCUAAGACCAGCAAAGAAGGUAAACUCAGAUAUAUGGUUGUUAUUGGGAAUGUUUGAUUGACGGCCAUGAGUUUUGUCCUUGCCGCCGGGAUUCAUGGGACUGUAUGGUUAAUGAGGUUGAGCUCGCACCCAGCAGCGACUCGGCCCCUGAAGGCAAGAUGAGUUACGAUUUUAGUAUACUGGAGUAUCAGAGCCAGGCUGCGAGCGAUUUCCAUCGUUGAGCGAUUUUCCUACAAUAGCGUUUAUGAGAUGGUAGACAGUUGUUCAUUCGAUAUUCACUUCACCAACAAUGCUGAUGAGCAGGACGAAAAGAGAGAAGAGCCGUGAUGCGCAAAUGGAAUAUUUUGG